CCUUCUCUCUCCCUCUCUGUCUGUCCCGGAGCACUGACAAAGUGUUUUUGUAGCUGCAUCACCUCUCGGGCAGCUGCAUUCCACCCCGUGUUUCCAUCUCUUUCACUUCCUUUUUCUGUCUUAACCUCUCGCCUGACUUUUGUUGCCAAAAUGUACCGGAACCCGUGGAUCUCGAAUUACCUGAGUCACGUCAAGUUUUGCAGCCAAGGACUUGGGAGUGAGACCCCCAUUAAAAUAAGCAAUCCCAGAUUGCUGCAGAAGAGAGCGCUGAGCUUCCAGAAAGAAUUCUCCUUUGACGAAAAAGACGAACCAGCCAAAAGCACCAAGGAUAUAGAUGUUAGUCUCUUGGCCAAUCUCCCAAAAGUGUCUGAAUUGAGGAAACGAUUUGAAGGUAUUACCACAAGCGCAAGUGACUGGGAAAUGAACAGAAAGGAGCGCAUCGCCCGGCGGUUGGAGGGCAUAGAGGGUGAAGUCCAUCCGUCUCUGCUGCCCAGCUUGGUGGCCAACCGGCUGCUGGAGGAGGACACACCCCGAUACACCAGAGCCUCUGACCCCUGUGAGCCCUGUGCUGUUACAGUCCAGCGGUAUGGAAUGGAGGGAUUUGAAAGCCCAGAAAUGCAGCUGAAGGCUCCGGAGCGACAGUCGCGAGCUCGAUGCAGGCCGGACCCUCAAUCCUCCAUCCACAUGGAACCAGUGCACAGCUCCGGUUCCAUGACCAGUGGCCCGGAGCUGGAGUCUAAAGCUGAACGCAUCGCCCGCUAUAAGGCAGAGCGGCGCCGGCAGCUGGCUGAACGCUAUGGGAUUUCUUUGGAUCAGGAGCCAGACCCGGACCACACCUCCCGCUGCACCCGCACCCGGAAAGACUCAGAGGGCUCAGAGAGGCGUACCAGAGGGGACUCAGUGGGGGAGGAAGGAAGGGACAUCACCCUUAGCGCUUACACCAGCACUUCAGCCACUAGCCCGAGAACAGGACGCUCAGCACCCCCGUAUAGCCACGCCGAGCCAGGCUAUGAUGUCGGUCGAACCAGGGUGGACUCAUUCUCAGAGAGAGAGAGGCUGAUGAACCUGGAGAAUCAGCGCAGGGCUGCUUCACAUGAGCCUCCAUCCUCUUCCUCCUACAUGGACGUAACUUCUUUGUCCUCCCAUGCCAGGGUGCCUGCUAAAGACUAUGCGGUCACAGGGAUGCCACCCAGCUCUCCCAAGCUGAGCAGGCACCCGUCCGUCUCCUCACCAAAACAUGGGACGUCUCCUGGUGACCUAUUCAUUGAGCAGCAGGCCCACAACAUCCUCAGCAGACAGGGUGCGAAGGGGAAACUUAGCACUGAUUGGUUCCUCCAGACUGACGCUGAGGGCGACACCCACUCCCUCAUCAACUGGCCAUCAAGAAUCCGAGUUAGAGAGAGGCUUGCCAGAGAGGAGGGCCGCCAGAGAAGCCCAGAGAUGGGAAAUGUUACAGAAGCCCCAGUAUAUCGCAGACAAUUUCAGCACCCGGCCCAGACCUCGACACGCUACCCCACAGACCUACCAGGCCUCCAGCAGGCCUAUUCCCAUUCCCACCAUCAUCCCCAAGCUCAGCUUGCCCGAUCUGGUCCCCAGGGAGGACAAGACGUUGGCAGUUACCCCAGUUACCUAUCCAUGGCCUCUGGUCCCACAUCCAGAGCCGGUCAGCCGCCACAACAACAGGUCCAGGAGGAAGAGACUGAGGAGUCUGAGGACGUGAAGACAGAGGGCCUUCUGAAGAGCAGAAAAGCAGUUCUCCCCUCAGAAAUUCGACGCAGGGAGAGGAGCACUGAGGACCCACGAAGAGGAAGAGGAGAGGACGAGCUGGAGAUGUCCAGGGUGCAAACCCUUAACCAGGCAAGGGAGGCUGAGGCAGAGGAACCUACAAGAGGAGGACCCAGAGGCAGACUCAGGCGGGAUGAAGCAGAGCACGUUUCCCGUCUACAGUCUGUAGAGAGCAGACUGAGAGAGCGCGAAAAUGCCAUUUAUAUCCACAAAGGACUUGCUGCAACCCACAUCCAGCCCAGAGCAUCACACGCUGGUCCAGGAAGCUCCACCUCCAGCACAGCCUUGAACCGCCCAGUGUUGGAUGCUGGGGAUCCACGAGGGUCCAGUCAAAGGAACCUGCAGCAUCAGUUUCAGGACCCCCGAGAGGUCAGGCAGGGUGAGGGUUUCAGUAACGGCGAGAGUCACCAGGACCCGCGGGUGUCUGUGGCCCAGCUCAGGCAUUCCUACAUGGAGAGCACCACCACUCCUCCCACCAACCGCAGGAACGAGCUUGAAGUUGAGGGGGACAGGCCACUCGCGGGCUACGAGGCCCCAUGGAGAGGGGAAAGGGACAGGGGGCGCAGGCCCCGGCAGUAUAUCUUGCCUGGGGAGAGUAGAAAGACCUCAGAGAGGUUUAGGACGCAGCCCAUCACUUCGGCAGAACGCCAGGAGACCGAUAGGUCCUGUGUGAGUUCAGACUUCGCUUCCGCUGAAGCUGACGAAGAGAAGCUGGAUGAACGGGCCAAACUGAGCGUAGCAGCCAAGCGCUCUCUCUUCAGAGAAUUGGAGAAGAGCAUUGAUGGCGGAGCUCCUAAACCACGGUCCAGGAAUGCAGCGGUGGACAGGAGACUAAGACGGACACAAGAUCGCUCUAGAACUCAACCAGUCACCACUGAGGAAGUGGUCAUCGCAGCCACCGUCCCAUCUCACGUGCCACAAACAGUGAGCGUUCACACUGCUGUAGCACGCACCCAUAGCCCCACCCUAGUUUGCAGUACUGCCCCAACGUACAGCCUACAGGCAUCCUCACAGCAGAGCGCCGCUGCCAGGGAGCAGGUGCGAGAGGCCCAGCAAGCACAGGAUAAACAGGAGGUCCAGAGCUCCAGGCAGGUGGCGGCAAUGGAGGAAAAAGUUGAGAAGCAGAGUCAGGGCCCAGAGGAACCCGACCUCUGCACCCUCAGUCUGGCAGAAAAGAUGGCGCUGUUCAACCGGCUGGCUCAGCCUCCAACCAGGGUCACCCGGACCAGAGGGGACACACGUCAACGCAGGGCCAACGCUCGCUACCAGACCCAGCCCAUCACACUGGGAGAUAUGGAACAGGAGCUCUCAGACAUAGACAGCAGGGAUGAACAAGAGCUGUGUGACAGCCCAGUAGAACUCCUACAACUUCAGAAUGGUGCGGCCUCUCACUUUGGACCCCUCCCUACUUCAUCAUCCUCGUCUGCACUCAGAGCAGGAGGCACCGUCUCCACUGACCAUGCCGGAGACAUCCACAUACCCAGAGCAGCAGCCCAUGUGGAGCCCACCCCUCCCAGCUCUGACAGGUCUCUGCCUCCUCGCCACCCAGACGGCCCGACCUGGAGGUCCCACGACACCUCGGACCACCACAGGUACCAAAUCUUGCCCCAAGGAGAAGACAGAGCUGAUCUGGCAGGGGGGAAGAGGCGGCUGCCCUCUCCGGAGGGAGUGGUCAGGCAGGCCGCUCUGCCCCAGCCUCACAUUGGAAGAGAGAGGAGGGGAGCUGAGGAGGAGGAAGAGGGGGGGCAGCAACAGCAACGGCGACUGUCCAGAGGGAGGGAGGAGGCAGCUGUGCAGAGCUCAGAGAGCCACAUGCUGCUGGAGAGGCAGGAGCAGAGGCAGGAGCAGAGGGGGUAUCUGAGGGAGGAAGGACACUACUCAGACAUCCAGAGGAGCCGGGCCAUCAGCGGAGAGCCACUAGAGUCCAGCGUGUUAACAUACAGAGGAGCAUCCGGUUCACCCAACAGUCUGUGUCAGCCUCCGGCGGGGGACACAUACACAGACGGCAGCGGACUCGCUGACGGCCUGAUUCAGCUCGAGCAGGGAGACGAGCUGAGUGACAUGAUGUCGGCCCGACACAUGUCCAUCAAAGAGAGAGUCGCCUUACUGAAGAAGAGCGGCGAGGAGGACUGGAGGAACAGGAUCAAUAAGAAGCAGGAUGUGGUGAAGGUUGCCGUGGGCGAGCAGCACGCUCAGCUCUGGGAGGUGGAGCAGAGCUUCAAGAAGGAGGACGAUGAAGCACUGAUGAUGAUCGAUGACUUUGCUGUGUCCGACCAGCUAUGGGAGCCAGUCUUUGCUGCUACUUUCUCUCCUCCACCUGAGCCUCCUUUCCAUACUUCUUCCCCUGAUGAAACAGCCAGCCAGGCCACCAGAUCUCCCAGACCCACGCAGGUGGAUGAAAGACACCCCUGGAGACGGAAGAGAUUAGCAGAGUCUGAGAUGGAGUACCAGAGGAUAGAGGCUCACAUGUCCAUCCAGGAGAGGAAACAGCUGAUAGUGGCCCAGGAGGAGGCCUGGAAGUCUAAGGGCCACGGAGCUGCCAAUGACUCCACCCAGUUCACUGUGGCUGCACGCAUGGUCAAGAAAGGACUGGCAACCCCUUCUGCCCUCCAGUCUCCAGUGCUGUCCAAACCCAAGAACAGCAACAUUGCCAUCUCCAAACCACAGGAAGAGAUUAAGGCUGUGCCAGAUCUGAACCUGGAGUCGGACCUGAAGCUGGAUAAACUGGAGUCAUUCCUUGGCAAGCUUAACAGUAAAGUGUCUGAACUGCCAGAAGCAACCAUCACAGUGACUGAGAAGAAAGUAAAGGAAGUCAUGACCCUCGAAGAUGAAACUUUUUCCAAGUUCUACCGCCAAGUGGAGGAGCUCCCCUCCAUCACUAACAAGGUGGAAAUUGACGACGACUUUGAUGCCAUUUUCGGCCCCCAGGAGCCAAAGCUGACUUCAGAGAUGAUACAGCACAAGCGAGCUGUGCGUCCGGCACGUAACGUCCAAUCAUCCAGAAACCCUUUGAAGAUGUUGGCUGCCAGGGAGGACAUCAGACACGAGUACACAGAACAGAGGCUCAACAUCGGUCUGCUGGAGAGCAAAAGGAUGAAGGCUGAGAAGAUGAAUAAGAACUCUGGUUUCUCUGAAGUGGCUCUAGCUGGUCUGGCCAGCAAGGAGAACUUCAGCAGUGUCAGCCUGCGCAGUGUCAACAUCUCUGAGCAGAUGUCCAACAACAGCGCCGUGCCUUAUAAGAAACUCAUGCUCCUGCAAGUCAAAGGCCGACGGCACGUCCAGACCAGGUUGGUGGAACCCAGAGCGUCCUCACUGAACAGCGGAGACUGUUUCCUGCUCAUCACGCCACACCACUGCUUCAUCUGGACCGGAGAGUUUGCCAACGUCAUUGAGAAGAGCAAAGCUUCAGAGCUAGCUAAUUUCAUCCAGAGCAAAAGAGACUUGGGUUGCCGAGCUAACUACGUCCAGGUCAUCGAGGAAGGCAUCAGCUCACACAGCCAUGCUGUCAAGGAGUUCUGGAAGAGUCUGGGAGGCCAGUCAAAUUAUCAGUCUGCAGGAACACCAGACGAGGAUGAGCUGUAUGAGGGUGCCAUCGUGGAGACAAACUGCAUUUACCGGCUGAUGGACGACAAACUGGUCCCAGAUGAUGAUUUUUGGGCCAAGAUGCCCCGCUGUUCGCUGCUCAACCCCAAGGAGGUUUUGGUUUUUGACUUUGGCAGUGAGAUGUACAUUUGGCAUGGGAAGGAAGUGACUCUAGCACAGAGGAAAGUGGCCUUCCAGCUGGCUAAGCACCUGUGGAACGGGACAUUCGACUACACAAACUGUGACAUCAACCCGCUGGACCCGGGAGAGUGUAACCCACUCAUACCGAAGAAAGGCCAGGGCCGACCUGACUGGGCAGUGUUUGGCAGACUGACUCAACACAAUGAGACCACCCUCUUCAAAGAGAAGUUCGUGGACUGGAGUGACUCCAGGAAAACACCCAGUCCCACAAAAAACACCAACGAUCACAUCACAGAUCAAAAGGAGCAGCACACCUCUGAUCAGCCCCGAGCAUAUGACGCCUCCCUGAUGCUGCCCCUCCAUGACGCACCCGUCUGCACCAAGCUGGAUGGGUUCAAUGUGGGUCGUGGCUACGGCCUGGUGGAGGCAGAGGAGUGGCGGAGCUACGAGAUCAGCACUCUGGCUGUGGAGGUGUGGCACAUCCUGGAGUUCGACUACAGCCGCCUGCCUCGUCAGAGCAUCGGCCAGUUCCACGAGGGUGACACCUACGUGGUGAAGUGGAAAUACAUGGUCAGCACUGCAGUUGGCAAGAGGCAGAACCCAGAGCAGUUGAAGACAGCAGGAGCCGGGAAGGAGAAGUGCUGCUACUUCUUCUGGCAGGGCCGCAACUCCACCGUCAGUGAGAAAGGGACGUCAGCGCUCAUGACGGUGGAGCUGGACGAGGAGAGGGGAGCACAGGUUCAGGUUCAGCAGGGUAAGGAACCUCCGUGUUUCCUGCAGUGUUUCAAAGGAGGGAUGGUUGUCCACUCUGGAAAAAGAGAAGAGGAGGAGGAAAACUCACAGAAUGAUUGGCGUCUGUACUGUGUGCGUGGGGAAGUGGAGGUGGAGGGACACCUGCUGGAGGUGGCUUGUCACUGCAGCAGUCUGCGCUCCAGAGUCUCCAUGGUGUUGCUGAGCGUCAGCCAGGCCGUCAUUUACCUGUGGCAUGGCUGCAAGUCCCAGAUGCACACAAGGGAGGUGGCUCGCACUGCCGCCAAUAAGAUCAAAGAACAUUGUCCUCUGGAAACAGGCCUCCACAGCAGCAGCAAGGUGUCCAUUCGGGAAUGUGAUGAGGGGGCAGAGUCCACAGGAUUCUGGGAGGCCCUCGGGAGGAGGGACAGGAAAGCGUACGACUGCAUGUUGCAAGAUCCCGGCAGGUUUAACUUCACUCCUCGUCUGUACCAGCUGAGCAGCAGCUCAGGAGAGUUUGUAGCUGUGGAGUUCCUCUACCCAGCCAGAGACCCCAAGCAGAUCAACUCUAUGCCUUUUCUUCAGGAGGACCUCUACACAGCUUCCCAGCCAGCCCUGUUCCUGGUGGACAACCACCAUGAGGUGUACCUGUGGCAGGGCUGGUGGCCUCAGGACAGUGAAAGCACCGGCUCAGCUCGAAUCCGCUGGGACUCGGAUAGGAAGUGUGCCAUGGAGACGGUGCUGCAGUACUGCAGAGAAAAGAAUGAGAAGAAGCCUCCCAAAGCGUAUCUGAUCCACGCCGGUCUGGAGCCGCUCACCUUCACAAACAUGUUCCCCAGCUGGGAGCACAGAGAGGACAUCGCUGAGAUUACUGAGAGGGAGGCAGAAGUGUGUAAUCAGAUUAUCCUGGUGGAGGAUGUGCUGGCCCGGCUGUGUAAGACCACGUACCCCCUGGCAGAGCUCCUGGCCCGGCCGCUGCCUGAAGGAGUGGAUCCUCUUCGCCUGGAAGUCUACCUGUCUGAUGAGGACUUUGAGGGUGUAGGGGCCUUCGGGCAGAAAGCCCUGCAGAUGAGCAGAGAGGAGUACGGCGGGUUGCCAAGCUGGAAGCAAGUGAACUUGAAGAAAGCGAAAGGACUUUUCUAAAGAGAUGAAACAGGGAGCUGCUGGAGGCGUCAGAAAACACCACCAGGGUGUUGUUUGGACAGGACUCCAUCCUCCUGAGAAUUAGUGGGGAAGUUGAGGACGGACGAGAGAAGCUCUAGAGGGCUGGGAAAGGAGUGUAGCAGCUCCUCAUGAUGCAGAUUCCUCUCAUAGCUGCUCUCAGUGUUGGUGUUGUGGUUGUAAUAAAUAGAAGACAAAUGUGGGAUGAUGCACGUCUGAGUGAAUGUGCUACUAGUGCUUCAUUAGAUUCACUCUGUUGAUGUAUGUACAUAUGUACGAUAUGCAGGAUAGCCAGUGCCCUUAUGUUGUCAGCCUUAAAGCCAUGUUGUGGAGUGGGACCAGGUCUGUCAGCCUGUGAGCAAACUCCUCAUCAAACUCUCUGCUAUACAUGUAUGUUUGUUCGUGCGUUACAAAUAAUUUAUAUUUAUAUCGAAUCCAUAUAGGAAUUUCUGUUUUUUUAAACUCCUCAGAUAUUAAAAAAAAGAUUGAAAUAAAGUAUAUAAUUAUUGUUGCAGAGGUUUGUGUCAUAUGUGGAUAAAUGCUACCGAACCUCUCCUGCUGUACAGAUCACCGUUUGCCAUUUACAAAUGAACUGAAGCAGCUUCUUCUUUUUUUUUUGAAUGUGUUUAGAGUCAUUUUUGUUUCAGGAUGUCAGAUAGGAAGAACAACAGAGGCUUGAUUAAAGGCAGAGUGAUGAUGAUGAUCAAUGUCUUUGAUUUUGAAAUCCUUCAGUGUAUAGUGCCUUGCUCUGUGUACAGUUUAUAUACAGAUCCUAGUCUGCAUUUUGAAGACUUUUUGUGAUAUAAAGAACUAUUGUAGAAAUAAACUUUGAAAGUUUGACAUCAGAA